CCAAAAUCCAAGAAAACACGUGAGUUAAGAAGAAACGUUCUCAAUUGCCCCACUCAUCCUUUUCCUAGCCAUGCAAGGAACAGUGCGAAGCUAAAAAGAAUCACUUUAUGCAAACCCAGAAGUCAUCCUUUUCUCUCCUCCUAUAAAACGCGCGUUUCCCAACCCCACCUUCAUUAAUUCCAUAACCGUUAACCAUUAACCAUUAACCAUGUCAUUGAGUCCUCCAAGAGACAGAAACAACAAUGCUCAACCUCAACCGAGAACGUUCCAGCUCUACUGGUGCUUCCAGUGCAACCGCACGGUCCGCGUCGCACCGGAUAACACCACCGAGGUGGCAUGCCCACGCUGCCACGGCCAAUUCAUAUGCGAAAUAAACGUGCCCAGGCCAAGACUCGUCGUGGAUUUCACCACCCCAGACCCUUCCCCAGAAGCGCGUUUGCUCGAAGCGCUUUCCCUCAUGAUGGACCCACCCAUACGCCGCUUCCCGGGUCUAAUGCAACCCGAACCACAAGAAAUCCCCGUCCACAGGCGCCGAACCCGAACCCGAACCCGACGUCCCGAGCCCGAACCCCACCCCGACCGCCGCCCCCGCACCUGGAUCGUCUUCCAGCCCAUCGACCCCUCCAACGCCUUCCAGCCCAUUAACAACAUCUCAGGCCCAAUCCCCAUCCCGCACGGCCCAGGCCCAAUCCCCCGCGGAGUGGACGCGCGCGACUACUUCCUCGGGCCCGGACUCAACGAACUGAUCGACCAGUUAACCGAGAACGACCGGCAGGGCCCUCCGCCGGCGCCGGAGAGAGCGAUCGACGCCAUUCCGGCGGUGAAGAUCGAGAGCGCGCAUCUGAAGGAGAAUUCUCGGUGUCCGGUUUGUCAGGAGGAAUUCGAAGUGGGUGGCGAAGCGAGGGAACUUGCGUGCAAGCACAUUUAUCACUCCGAUUGCAUUGUUCCCUGGCUCAGGCUUCACAACUCUUGCCCUGUGUGCCGCCACGAGGUGCCUGUGCCGUCUUCUUCCUCCGAGGACGAUGACUGCGUCGCCGAUGAUCGCCGAGAAGGUAGGUUGCGGCGGUGCUUGAGGUGGACCCGUUUGGCUUCGCUUUGGCCUUUCCAUUCGAGGUUUCGACGGGUUUAUCCUCAACCAGAUAAUAAUGUUGCUGCUGCUUCUUCUUCCAGGGCAUCUAACUGGAGACACAACUCUUGCUGUAUUCUUUAAGCUCUGCGGCGAUGACUCACGUUCAAGAGCUGGUUGGAAUUCUGACUUGUUUGUAAAGCCGUCAUGCUCACCGGUAAGUUAAUUCAAGCAUAAAUCUCGUGGGUUUUAGUUCCUUUUAAUUCCUUUUUUACAAUUUUAUUGCAGAUUGGUGAUGGCGUGAUUAACAAAUAUUGAAAAAUGAACAUUAAAAAGGAAAAAUUUUCAAUACAGGAAGCCUGAUUUCAGAAGUUUACGACUUUAUACGAACUACAGGGAUUAGAAGUAAAAAAUAAUAAUAAUAAUAACAGGAAUAAAAACUACUGAUUUUUAUAGAAAUUAAAAACAAAACAGAUGUAUAUUAUGGAGAUUAAACUAUUAAUUAAGCCAUAAAUAUAUAAAUUACACAGUUCUAAUCAAAAGCCAGCUUCAAU